AUUCUGUUUGGACGUAAAAUGUUGUAGAAUUGAUUCUGGUUCAUAAGUUAACAGCCAGAAAUUUUCACUCACAGACUUGCAAAAAAUGUCUUUCUACUCCUCAUGGAUUAAAGUUGUUUUCAUCAUGAUCUCCAUCUUCCUUUAUUGUGAAACUUCCUUAUUUGUUAAAUCAGGUAACGAACGAAAGCCAGAUUGUUUUUUAUAUGUGUUUAAAAAGCAACGUGCUUGCACCAGUGAGGUUAACCCAGUCUGCGCAUCCAAUGGCCGAACGUACCGUAAUAAGUGUGUUUUCUGCAGCGAAAAUAAGAUUUUAGGUGAAAAAAUGAAAUUUGUUCACUAUGGACGCUGCUGAAUUUGGAUGGAGCUGUGUGUCUUCUUGGCUAUAAGCAGUAGCAAUUGUAUAAACCUGAGAUUUUGGAAUAGCAGUGCCAAAGAAGCCCAUGGAGAACAGAAUGAUGUCAGAGGAAUAUCUUCUGGCCAAGACCAAUGAAUGGCG